GCGUGCCAGAACUGGAUAGGGAGUGGGGGCGGGGGGAGACGAGUGGAGGACGGGCGGAUGAGGCCCAAUCACCGUCCCCCCCCCCGGAGGAGGAAGUAGGUAAGGUGGAGGAGGGGGCUGCGAAGCACACAUCGAUUACCCCCCCGGAGGAGCGGGGACGGUGGGCGGGCGUAGUAAAGGAAAAGGUAAACUCUGAAAUGGAGUAUCGCCGGGAAGGGAAAGCGUGCGAGCCCGAACUGGAUAGGGAGUGGGGGCGGGGGGAGACGAGUGGAGGACGGGCGGAUGAGGCCCAGUCACCCCCCCCGGAGGAGGAAGCAGCUAAGGUGGAGAUAUUGGAGGGGAAGGGGGAAGACAGUCAGGGCAGAUUUGAUGGGCAGGCACUUCAGUUUUCGGGGGGGGAGAGAGGGCAAGCCAAGGAGGUGCUGCGUGAGCUUGGGGGGGAAUGUAAGCAGAAGGGGCAGGUGGGGCUGGAUGAGAUCAGUCCAGGGAAAGUGCCGGAGGACAUUAAUGAGGCCAAUGGUUGGUCGAAUGAGGAGGUAGUGGAAUCUUCGGGAAGGAUGGAUGAAGAGGGAGGGGGGGGGAAUAGAAAGGAAAGCACGUUAGGGGGGAAGGUCGGGGAGAGUGAGGUGCUCCAAAAGAGGGCAGACACGGGGAGAAGACAAGCAAGUGAUGCUCGACUGUACUGGAACUGGGACAGACGGGGGCGAUGGGCCUGGGUGAUGCUACAGUGGGGGCAGACCCGCUGGUGUGUGGUGUCGGUGUAUGGACCCUCGGAUCCCCGCGCGCGGACCGACUUUUGGGCGGAGUUCAGAACCCAAAUCUCCGAAGUUGAAUGCUAUGUGUUUGCUGGGGAUUUCAACGCCACUAUCCACCCGGGGCUGGAUUCCCUCCAGGAACGCCCGCCCACGGCAGAUGCGGAGGCGCUACAGUUGUUUAUGGCAGAAUUGGACUGUGUGGACGUCUACCGCACGGCCUUCCCUGCGGAACGGGAGUUCACYUGGUAUGGAUCGGCAAACCGAAGGAGCCGGAUUGACAUGGUGUGGGCCUCGAGUUCGAUCUUCAUGUGCGGCAGCGAGAUUGCUUACCUUCCAACAGCGCUGUCAGACCAUGUAAAGGUCGCAGCCAACUUUCCGGUGGGGGACAUUAUGGUUGGUCAUCCACAACCGUCCCUUCCCGCAUGGGUCUUUCAGGAUGAAGAGUAUAAACCUCUGAUUCAACAACAUUGGGAUAAUUGGCUGCCGCGACGCCCCCAAGGAAUGGAUGAGUUGGGAUGGAUGCCGCAGGGCAAUGCUCUGAUGCGCAGGUGUCUGCAUGAUAGGCUGGCCGGUAGCUACCGUGCCCACUUGGCCACAGGACAGGAGUACGCCGACCGCCUCAGUGCGCUUAAUUGUGGCCCCAAGGACGAGCAGACGGAAGAGGAAUGGUGGGUGGAGCGARUGGAGGCCGUGCGGGAGUGGCAAGAGUGGGAGACGGUGGAAACCGCCCGCUGGGGGCGCAGAUCAAAGGUGGGAUGGACUGUAGUGGGUGAGAAGAUGUCUCGACGAUUUUUCAGAGAGCUGGGAAAGAAGCAGGGGAUUGCCCUCAUGACGGCAAUGGACCCCCCCUUAGACCUGCGACAGGCGAGGCAAGAGACUACGUUGGGGAUUUUGGACUGUGUAACGGACUUCUAUGCAGAUCUGUUUACGGAGGAGGAGGGAUGGACUGUGGAGCAGAUGGCGAUGGCCCCGCAGGAGCACAUUUGGAGGCACGUCCCGCCUGGCCUCACUCAGGAGCAGGCGCAUGCUUUAGAGAUGGACAUCACGCUAGAAGAGGUCCUUAGGGCGAUCGGAGAGCUGCCAAGACUCAAGGCGCCGGGGGUGGAUGGAGUCCCUAUUGAAAUGUAUAAGGCACAGAAUCAUUUCUUUGGUCCACUCCUCACGCGGGCCUUCAAUGAGGCUUUGCACGCGGGGCAUCUCCCGGAAGGCUUUGCAGAUGCCUUUGUGGUGCUGAUCUAUAAGAAGGGUGCCCGCGAGGAUGUCAGGAAUUGGCGCCCGAUAUCAAUCCUCAAUGCUCCCUACAAGAUCCUCGCCAAGGGAUGCCCGCUUUCACCUACUCUGUAUGUCAUCUACAUAGAGGCCCUACACGACCUCCUCCGAGGGGAUGAAGCUUUGCAGGGACUGCAGUUGAGACAAGAUAUGGUCCUCAAGUCCACUGCCUUUGCAGAUGACACCGGUGCAGUCAUCCCUCCUACCACACAGCAAUUAAGGCGCCUCCAAAUGGAUCUGGAAUUGUUUUCACAACACUCAGGAGCCAGGGUGAAUUGGCGAAAGUCGCAGGCCAUCCUCCCACAGGGCUAUAUUGCCCCAGAAGGCUGGGAUGUGCCCACCUUGGCGGAUGGUGAAAACCUGUGUUUUUUGGGGGCCCUGAUUCAUCCAGUGGGAGGGGGUGCUCAGCAGAUGGAAGGAUUGGCGGCGACAGCAAUUCUGAGGUUGGGGCGAUGGGCGAAGGGGACGCAUCUGGGAGUGUUUGGCAAGGCCCUCGUCCUUAAAAAUUCGGUGUUGUUCACGAUGUGGUAUGCUGGGGCCAUCCACAUGCCGAAGAGGCGGGUUUUCCGACAGUUGCGGGCAGCGGUGCAUAGAUACCUGUGGGCGGGAGAUGUGGAAGCGGAGUYGGUAAUCCCCAGGGUGGCUUGGUCGAAGCUCACCCAGCCCAGGAGUCAAGGGGGGCUGGGGAUCUUGGACCCAGAACUGCAGAUGACGGCGCUUCAGUUGCGCAACCUGCUGUGGUUUUUGUUGGGGACGGCGGGCACAGCGUGGGAGAGCCUUACCACUCAGCAUUUGGCCCUGGCGCUUGGCAUGACAGAGCAAAUGGUCUUAGUGGCGCUGGCCAGCCUAGGCCUCAUUAGCCACAUUAAGAGGAACCAGAUUUGGUCCGCUGCGCUGACAUUGUGGAAAAAGCUCCAAUCACAGCAAGAGUUACCGGUCACCGCUGACGAUGUCUAUAAUCAACUCCGCUUUGACAACCCCUGCAUAUGUGACGAUACGGGUGAUCCGUUCCCAAGGUAGGGGAAGCCUGGAGCUCUUGGGAAGCAUUGGGCGGAAUGUG